AGCGAAGUAUAAAAGUUGUCGUCGCCGACUCGCCGCCAACUAUUCCGAUUCUGACAUCGUCGAUCCAGUAUCGUUCCGGUCGCAAAUCGCGCGAGCUGUCGACGCGGCCGAUCUAAAUUGCGAAAAAAAAUUCGUUCGUGUCGAAGAAAAACUCGAAAUCGCACCUGACGAACAUCUGUUCGCAAACCGUCGAGCAGGUGAGGCGAACUCGGCGUGAGAGAUUCUCGGCGACCUGCGUGCGAGAAGGAAAAUCGGGGAUGCCGAUGUGCGCCUGUGAGAACAGGACUCUGGACGAGUCGGAGGAACACGUUUGUUCGCCAAAAUCGCAGCCAGAUGGGAACAAGAUCAAGGAGACCAGAGAAUGCGCCAGUUCGGUUAGGUACAUCGAUGGCUCGGUACGACUGCGAAAUCCCAACAUCGAGCUCAUGGAUCAAGACAUACUGUAUCACCUCGCUCUCGGCAGCGGCUCCCAUGAUCUUGUUGAGAUGUUCGGCGACGUCAAGUUUGUCUGUAUGGGCGGGACGCCGAAAAGAAUGGAAAACUUUGCAAACUUCAUUAUGAAGGAGAUAGGUCACAAGUUGCCGGUCGGAACGACUCUUCUCGACAUCACCAAGAACUCUUACCGCUACUCGAUGUACAAAGUUGGCCCCGUUCUCUCCAUCAGCCACGGAAUGGGCGUACCCUCGGUCAGCAUCUUGCUCCACGAAAUUAUCAAGCUAAUGUACCACGCGAAAGUCAAGGAUCCGAUUUUCUUCAGGAUCGGCACCUGCGGCGGUAUUGGCUACGAAGGCGGCACGGUCGUCAUUUCGGAAGAAGCCGUGGACGAAUCGAUGAAAUCCUACAUGGAACUGAUAGUGCUCGGAAAGCCGAUCCGCAGGCCGGCCAAACUGGAUCGGCAGCUAGCUCGCGAUCUGAGGGCCCUGGCGCACCGUGACGAUCCUUACGACACCGUGAUCGGCAAGACCAUGUGCUCCAACGACUUCUACGAGGGCCAGGGCCGCCUGGACGGCGCGUUCUGCGAAUUCACAGAGGCCGACAAGAUGGAUUAUCUCACCAAGCUGCAGAAAGCUGGCGUGGUAAACAUUGAGAUGGAGAGCAUCUGCUUCGCCGCGCUGACGCAUCACGCCGGAAUACAGUCGGCAGUGGUGUGCGUAACUCUAUUGGAUAGACUCAAAGGCGACCAGGUUCUGGCGCCCAAAGAGGUUCUCGAGGAGUGGCAAAUGCGACCGCAGCAGUUGGUCGCUCGCUACAUCAUCAAAUACCUUCAGCGAAAGGGUCGUCUCUCUCUGGAAGGACACGGCUCCAUGUACGUGAAGAGUCCGCGCCGGUUCAAACUGGUGCAGCAGGAGUCCGAGAAUUAUGACUAAAGUUGCAAUCGGACGUCCGUUUGAAGAUCUCUCGAGCUCGCGGAUCCGCGAUCGGACACACCUGUGGCUCGACGUCUGCGGGAUCGGCGGCGAUCACUUAAUUUUAACGGCGCACAAACUGGAUAUUUCCAUUUACUCGCGUGACAAGUUAUUCGGCGGCUUAUCCGCGGUAAAUGGUGUAUAUUUGACUUAAACUAAAGAGGAUGUGUGCGAAGAAAAGAAUUGUUUUUGUUUUUAAACAUGAAAGCAGAUACAAACAAUCUAAAUAUUUUACGCCCCCGAUAGAGUAUUUUCAACGUUUAGAGAAAACACAAAGUAAGUAAUGUUAAAAAUUACAUACAAGAGUGUUCAUGUGUAUGCUUACAUGUUCAAAAGUUUAUUUCUUUAUUUAUGAAAGUCUGUUGUCGGACAACAUCUUAAUAUAUUGUUGUUCGGAAAGUUUGUGUGACGAUUUUCAGUAGAUAGCGUUUCUGUAAAUCGGCAACAUGUCCGAAACAUGUACACGAGACAUCGCGUGCAAACGUUAAAAACAUCAAACAACACACCAUACAUUUACACAAACUAAAUUAUACUAUUUAGUAAAAUAAACCUUUAAAUGUCGUUCAAAAACGCUACGUACUUUCCGAACAAUCCAAUAUAAUUGCGCAGUUUUUAAUUUUUUCUUGCAUUUUAUUUGUAAAUCUAAUUGUAACCAGAAUUAUCUUAUUAUCUAGUUUGACUGUACAUGUAAGAACGCUUUGAUUUCCGAAAACUCGCAAGAUUUUACAAUCUAUGAUACACUGUAUAAUGAUAUACUGAGAGGCGACCAUCAAAAAAAAUUUAACCGCUUGUUUUGCGCGGUGACUCAAGUACAAAAACAUAGAAACAAACUUACGAACUGCGCUCGAGCGAGAAAACUGUACGCGUAUUUUUUUUUGUUUUUUUUUUUUUUGUUUUUUUUACAACAUAUCUUUUGUCGGUUGCGUAAUUUUCGAUCAUUAAUCGUGAUUAGAAAAAUAUCGUUUGAUCUACAAUGUUAAAAUUUACGUGUGUGUAAAUUUUAACAAAAAAACUUUACUCUUUUAAAACUUAAUCCCUCCGUCUGCAUAAUGGAAAUUUCAGUCCCCAAAGAAAAGCCCGAUUUUUCCUUCGCAUUUACCUUCGAAUUUUUAUUUUUCUUGCAAAAAGAUUUUAAUAUUUCGCUUAAGUGUCGCUUCUAUAUUUCAGUAAAAAUCGUAUAAAGUGUCUCAGAAUUUUCUAAGAGUUUUUUAAAGCCUACAACAGUAAGAAAAUCUAGAUCUAGGUUUCUCAGAUUCGGUUGUGCAAACGGCGUUAGUAAAACAACACAUUGCAGAUGGAGGAUUAAAUUAAUAUUUGAAUGUUUCUUUGAAUUUUGUGUUUUUUGUUUUUUCCUACUAAUAUUUUUUCCGGAAAAUGAGAGUUACGACGAUUAUUUCGUAAAAUGUUUAGGGAUCUAAUAUCGAGAAAUCAUAAACGAAAAAAAAUCCGCUAACGGACCUAUUAUCGCGGUUUAUUAUCACAUGGUUUGCGAGAACAACAGUUUUCCGAAGGAAAAAUUGUAAAUUUAGCGCGCGCGAUGAGGCGUGUUUAUGUGUUAGUUAGCACUUUUAGCAAGUUCGGUGUAGCACAUUCCAUAUAUAUAUAUAUAUAUAUACACACACACACAUAUACGUAUAUAAAUACACAUACACGUACAGAUAUAUAUGUAUGUCUAUACAUAUAUAGAGUAUGUAUAAUAUAGUCAAACAACUAGCGUGUUUCGUUCAAUUGUUAUUUAUGUAACGUGGGCGACAGUUAUAUGCAUAUAUAUGCGUAAGCUUCGAGAAAACGCUCCCAUGACACUUGCAAGUGUACACAUAGAAUGGAUUAACAAACACUAUAUAAACAUAAAUUUCAAAAAAGAUCGUCUCCUGAAAAAUUACAACUUUUGUACAACCAUUCAAAAAUAAGUGGGAAGUGCCAAAGAAAGAUUUAGAAAAGAGAACAAUUUGUCAUUUUUAUACCGACGUUUUGUGGACAUUUCAAUUCACUUACCAGAAAUCAAGCUGCUCUUGAUGAAGCAAUCCCUGGUGGAGUAUAAAUGUCCGCGAAACGUCGAUAUAAAAUGACACAAAUUUUCAGGAAUAUUUAAUACGACGUUUCGUGAACAUUUUAAUUCACUUCGUUAGAGUUCAAAAUCAGUGUCAAGUGGACUGCUAUCAAGGAAACUGAAAUAUUCACGAAACGUCGGUAAACAAAUGACUAACGCGGUACGAGCUCAAAAUCUUCUCAGGAAUUCUUGUAACGUAAACGUAAAAUAUUACAUUAUUAAAAAUUCUAUUGUAAUGUGUAGUGUUAUUGGAGCGAAAGAAGAUAACCAUAAAAAUAAAACACGGAUUUUGAUUACAUCCUCUGUAUCAGUAUACUACGAUAGCGAGAUAGAAUAAAAAAAAAAAAAAACCACCGAUUUGUCACAACUUGUUAUCCGGAAAACCAUGUAUUGUACUGCCACGUUGAUGUUUUUAAAAUAUUCCGAAUCAUUGGACAACAUAUCACAAUACAAAACAAUCAUAUAAUUUCGUACGACGUUUGCCGUUGAGAGGAUGCUGAAGCGACAAGUCAAACUCAGAUUUGACAGCCGCUCAGCCGCUACGCUGUCCAAGUAAGUAAGCGCCUUCUAGUUGGACCAAAAAGAAUGGAUGAUAUAAUAGAGAUAGGGUUAGACAUAUGUGUCUUUCCAGCGGUUCUGCUAAAACCGUACUAAUUCUAGUUUUCGAAACUCUUGUUUCUUACAAAUUUCAAAGUCAUUUUCUGAAAGACACAUAUGUUUAACCUUGUCUUUAUUAUGUCAUCUAUUCUUUUCCGACUAGAGAGCGCUACUUACUGGACAGCGGUAGCGGCUCAGCGGCUGUCAAAUCCGAGUUUGACUUGUCGCUUCGGCAUCCCCUUAAACGCGAAUUUAAUUCUUUGAUCUUUGUGUGUAUUACACUAAAAAAAAAAAAAAAAAAAGACACGGACCAA